GUUUAAAUCUUUACAAUGCAUGGUGUUGACUUGGUGGAAGAUGCUAAUUUGUUAAAUCUCAUCUAUAAUUACCAAGAUUAGAUGUAAUUUUGCGAAGAGGAUCAAAAUGCAAUACCUUUUCCCAACUUCUCGAGACCCCUUUUAGGAGCUAGUCUUAGCUGGAGGUUCAUCUCUAUGUACAACCUAGUCCACGGGAAGCACCGGGCUGCAAUAGCUGUGAGGCCAACACCUUGUAUUUAGAGGUGGAGACCAGUCAGUCUGUAGUGAAUAUACACUAGUGAUCGAUAAAAAUCUAGAAGCUUUACAGAAUCUCAAAUCCAAACCAGUCUGCAGCAAAUAGAGGGUAAAAAGUAACCUAGUGCUAGCUUUCUUCAGAACUAUAGAUACAAAUUCCAAGCAAUCAUUAGCAAAUGUACAGCAUGCAUACUUUCUCCUUGGUUUGUCAAGUUUCUCUCAAAUACCUAUCACACAACAGUCUAAAAUUCCUCCUCAAUGACACUUUUUUUUUUCCCAGUCCUUUUAAAAUCCAAAUAUAACUUCUGACACAAGUUGUGGUUUUGGUGCUAGAGCGGUCUCUUUUGGCAAUAGAUGUGUGCAAAGGCUUGUAUUUUUAUCAGUGCUUGGGAAUAUGACACAAAUAUUUUCUCUUUCUAUUGGUGAAUGUAGCUUUUAGCAGAAGUAAUGGUUAAAGUGGCAUCCAUUCUUCUGAAGUUAGAAUUUGCCCGUUUACAAGAUAUUUUGCCCUUUUUUAACAGCAAACGUGGAACUUCUCUUCAGUACUGAAAUUCACUCUAAUUUACAAAAGCAGAUUUUUUAGGAGGAAGGAUUCUGCAUACCUGCCACUUCCUCCAUGCUGCUGUUGUCAAUGUGGUCAGUGCCGCACUUGUGAAAACUGCGGAAAAGUGUAAGGCAGAAGAGGAAAAAUAAGCAUCCAGCUAGGUACUCAGAUUGCCUAAACAACCAGCAACAGCUGAAUACCUAGCCGAGCACAGCCGAGAGCGAGAACAUCCAGUGGCAACCUCAUAUAGUGCCUGACCCAGAACAUCUUACCCCAACUCUGUAGCACUUAACAUAGCAUUGCCUGGAACCUCCUUCAAUAACUAUAUAUUAUACCUAGGAGUCCACUCCAGCACCCAGAAGGCAGUAGAAAGAUUCCUAUUGAUUUCAGUGUGAGUAGGAUCAGUCCUGGGAUACCACAACCCAGAAUUCUGAUUCUGGCUUCAGACUGUCUUCUUUCCGCUUCUGUGGUUCUGGUCUGAUUUCCAGUAAGCCUUGGAAGAGAUGGGUGACAGGAAAAGCGUUCAGUGUGUCAAGGAUGCCUAGGACAAGGAAUCAGAUCUUCUACGUCAAGGUAUAAUCUCUGCUACAGUGAGCAGGAAGGAGUCUUUCCCCUGUGAAGCCUUGACCAAUUUGCCAGGUGCAUCGUAGAAGGGAGUGAGGCAGUUGUGCUGCCUUGAAUAUAUUGGCUAUUGGCUACUGGAUUUAAAAGUCUGAGCCAGUGUGGCAAAUGCUACUUUCCUCUAACAAAUGAUGAUUUGAGUUUGACUUUUUUACAUUUUCAACUUGCCUUUAAUUAGAAUCCCACAACUAACACCUGGGCAGUAGUUUGUGACAUGCCCAGGAAAGUACCAUUCCAAGCAGGGGGGAAGACAGACUCAGGCAAGUGUCUUCUGAUGAAAAUAUCCAGCAUUGUGUACAUUUGUGUAAGUGGGUGAAGGGUGCAGGAUCCUUUAUGGAAACAGCCACCUGGGACCUUCUGCUAACUCCUCCUUUUUAAUACCACAGGGUUUUCUUCUUGCUUUUUCAAAUGAAGGACAGGGUUUGUCCACCACCCCUCCAGUGCGGGCAGUUUACCUUGGGCCAGACAGUGGCGCUUCAAAGCAGUUGGACACACAAUCAGUUUCACAGGUUGAGAUUUGCAAACCUGCUUUUUAACCUGCGGAUCCAAAGUCUGGGAGAGAACUUGUUACCAACAUGAAAACAAUUAUUGCAGCCUAUUCCCAAAAUCGUAGUGGGAGCCGUGCCAGCGUUCAGGCCGCCCUGCAUACUCUGCUCACCGUGCCCUGGCCCUCGCAGCGGGAGUUCCGAGCAUGCAUCCAGCUCCUCUCAGUUCUGCAGUGGGUCCUCAGCUUCUUGCUGAUGGGAAUCGUCGCCCUAUUUCUCCUCGUCUAUUUGGUUUUCACCAGUUUCUGGCCAGUUUCUGCUCUAUACUUUGCCUGGGUAAUCUUGGACUGGGACGCACCGGAGCAAGGUGGGAGGAGGUCGGCAUGGGUUCGAAACUGGCCUGUCUGGAAGCAUUUCCGAGAUUAUUUCCCUAUUCAGUUAGUGAAGACUCACAGCCUCCUCCCCAGUCACAAUUAUAUCAUUGGCGCACACCCCCAUGGGAUCCUCUGCGUUGGGGCCUUCUGCAACUUCAUCACUGAGUCCACUGGCUUCUCUGAGAAGUUCCCCGGCAUCAGACCCUUCCUGGCCACGCUGGCUGGCAACUUCCGGCUGCCGGUCUUCCGGGAGUACCUGAUGAGUGGGGGCCUGUGCCCUGUGACGCGCCGGGCAAUAGGGUACCUGCUCUCUCAGAAUGGCAGUGGGAACGCUGUGGCCAUCGUGAUUGGAGGUGCGGCCGAGUCGCUGUCUUGCCAGCCAGGAGUCACCACAUUAAUCCUCAAAAACCGCAAAGGCUUUGUUCGGAUGGCGCUGCAGCAUGGGGCACACCUGGUUCCUGCCUUCUCCUUUGGUGAGAACGACCUCUUCCGGCAAGUGGUUUUUGAAGAGGGCAGCUGGAUGAGGGGCAUUCAGAAGAGGUUCCAGAAGCUGGUGGGCUUUGCUCCCUGCGUCUUCUAUGGACGGGGUUUAACCUCUAUCCAUUCCCGAGGCUUCCUGCCCUACCCGAAGCCUAUCACCACUGUCAUAGGAGAACCUGUGACGGUGCCCAGGAUCCAGGAGCCUAGCCACGAGACGGUGGAUCUGUACCAUGCUAUGUACAUCCGCUCCCUGCUCAAGCUCUUCAAUGACCACAAAGCCAAGUAUGGCCUGUCGGAGGCGGACGAGCUGAGGAUCUUGUGACUGAGGUCGGAGAGAAGCCGGGGGACUUUGGGCAGCCAAGCCCUAACUCGCAAGGGCUGCCUGCUCAUGGAGGUUGGAAUGGCAGCUUACCUGGCAGGAUGGGGGCUCUCAGGGACAUACUGUUCACCCCAACUACUGCUUGCUCUCUCCCCCAGUGCCUUACUCACUUGUCCCCUUGGUGCUGCCCCAGGCUCUGCUUCUGUUUGUUCCCUCCAGAAGAUGAAGGAAGGAAGGAGGGAGCUCCUUGCUUGUCAUAUCCCCGCGUUUCCUGUGUGCUUUCUGCUCGCUCCCAUGGGCAAUGCAGUGAGUUGGCUUCCUCAACUCCCAAAGCCCCCUCAGGGAAGGGAGGAGCACAGGAAGGACAGGUGCUGGGGCUUGGAAGGGAUGGGGAGUGUGCAUGUGAGCAGAGGGACAUGGGGGAAUGUGUGUGGGGACAUUUCUCCUCUGCCCGGACCCCGCUCUCCUGGAGGGAGAUGAAUAGUAGCUUUGUGCUGCUGCUAAUGGAACAGAGAAAUGCAACCCUGCAGGCUAAACUCUGCCCAGGGCUCCAGGUCUGGCUGAGAAGGAGGGAGGGUGAGAUGGAUAGAAUGGGGGAAAAGAGGGGAGGGAGGAGAAAAAUGGAGGGAAAACCCUUGACUGUAGCGAAUGUGAAAAACAGUGUUACCAGAGGGGCCUGCAAUGCCAUGCAGGGUGUGUUGUGAGGGGCAGGGCCCUGAGACUGAGGGUCUCUGAGGAGCUGGCUGCUGACUCAACUCCUUGCCUAAGGAAAGCUGGGCAGCUAUAACUCCUUGUGGCCUUGUCUGUCCCUGGUGCCCAUGUAGAAUGGAGCCUCCUGGGAGGGUUUGUCCUUCCAUCUCUGUUUUGCUGGCUAAACGUGUCGCUCAGAAGCGGGCAUGUCAGGCUGUUUACCCCCAAGGGGACAUGUCAUCCCUGCACCGGGUUGGGGAGUUCUCCCUGUGGUGGUUAGCACAGGCAGCUUUGCCUCAGCCUUAGAAUCAGGGCAGGUUCAUGGCUUCCCUUCCCACAGUGAGGAGGGAUGGACAGUCAGGGAGUUCAUGGGAAGCUUGGUGAGACUCUGGCCAGGACGUAGCCAGGAUGCACAAGAUUUUUCCCCUUGCAUCUCCCCUUCCCAACACAUCUUGUUCUCUGCCUGAGCUGUGGCCAUCCCUGUGUUUUCCCCAUGGCCCCCGUAUGUGCCAUCCACCACUUUCUUCACUCGUGGGUCCCAGCCUCACAAUUUCUUGUCCCUGUCUGUGUGAAUUGGCAGCAGGAAAGGCCAGUGCACCUGGAGCUGCCUGUGGAGAGACACCAGGUCCCAGAACAGCAAUAGCAGAGUCUCUGGGGAGACCGCACGUGGGAGAUUGCAGUGAUUUCUGGGCACCAUGUGACCAGAAAGAGAUUGAUCCUAGGAAGGGGAUCAGAAUAGAGCAAGAAAAUCUCCCAGGAGCCUGGAGGGAAAGCCUAGCGUGCAAGUCUGCAAACCUCUGACAAGUGUGUCCCCUUUGGGAGGGCAAGAAAUUAGUUACGAGUAAAGGCAGGUGUAACUAAGAGGUUUGGAGGCAAUUGAUGAUGAGAAAAUACAGACUGUCUCUCAGGGAUAGUGAGAUUACUGAGCUUGGGUGUUGUCUCCCAAGGGAAGGGGUGUGAGCCCCAGGACAUGGGGCAUUUCAGGCUGGGUCUGACAAAACAGUAGGACUGGACUGUGCUGUAGGGGCCAAUCCCGCUUUGGCUCCAGGGCUGGAUGGGACAAUCCAAUGGGGCUUGUCCAUCGCUCACCUCAAUGAUUCUUUGUUGAAUACAUUUUUAUAAAUCUCAUACUGACAUGGCCCACGUUGUGUGAGAAGGCGGCAGUUCUGGAGGUGGGGAAGCACCAUGUGGUAGUCCAUACACCUACAUACAUGCCAAGAACAUAACCAUGCAUGUGCCUGGACAUCCCCCUCCAUACCCAGACAUGCACACAAACACACACUGCUCCUUACACACGUGAUACAUACACCCCUCCAUGCAUGAGCUCAGAGCACACACUCCUAAGGACUUUCAAAGACACUUCAUUGUUCUUUGGAGAAGGGAGGCUGCUGCAUGUAGUUCCGAGGAUUCAAUAGGAUUCAGCCCAAAGGGGUGCACUAGCCUUUCCCUGCUGAAGACAGCUCUCUUGAGCAGUGAGCCUGUGCUGGUUGAGGGGGCAGCUAGCCUGCUACUCCCACUGUACAAAUGACAAUGGGUCUAUCACAAGCUCCUGUGCAUGGAGUAUAGGGUGACCAGAUAGUAAGUGUGAAAAAUCGGGGUGGGGGGUAAUUGGCACCUAUAUAAGAAAAAGCCCCAAAUAUCAGGACUGUCCCUAUAAAAUUGGGACAUCUGGUCACUCUAAUGGAGUAGCUUAAUGGGAUGGCAGGGUUGCUCCUGUGGUCACAGAUUCUAUUGCUGGGCUCCCUUCCAAUUGCCUGGGGCCCUAUAAUUCUGCUCUGAGCUACCUCAGUGGCUCUCAGCUGUGCUCUCCUGCUGUGCUGCCAUGCCUGGAGGCCCAGAAUGGGGGGCUGUGGCACCUUAUGGGAGCACUGAGUAGAGGGUCCUGCCCUAGCUCUAAACUCUUUGUGGUGAGAAGAUUCGAAUGGUGCCAGGGGAAUAUAACUGGGUAGCUCCCCAGGCAGGAGCUUCUGCACCCAGCCCCUGGUGCUUAGCUCAGGUCCCAGGGGUUAGUGUUUUGUUUCUCAAGCCGAGUGAGUAAUGUCAGGCAGCUGGUACCAGCGUAGGGCAAUCCCAGCAUUAUGGCUGGGAUUAACCUCCCUGAGGAGCUCAACUCCAUAAAACAAAAGCUGCUCUGCUACUGCCAUCACUUGUGAGCAAAGCCUCAGCCUGAUGCCUGCUGGAGCAGCUGCUGAGGGCCUCCAAGUGGGGAAUGUCUGAAGCCACCCGCACUGCAGUAUCAGAGGCAAAGUAGUGCAUGGAUUAGCCCCGCUCGUGGUACAUGCUGGUACUAAACCCUGGAGGAUGCAGAUCAGGGGCACAGCACAGCCAGGCACUGCUUUCCACGAAGUCUGUGAGGAAACAGGGCUGAAACAAUGGUAAUAAUUUCCUCCAUUUCCAAAGCUCCCAAAGCAAUUUGCAUGUCCACAGCCCCACUGAAAUUCAGCACCUCUGAGGUGGAGACAUCAUCAGCACCUGGUGCAGAGCACCCUGCACAGGAGUGAGAGAACCAGGCCAAGAAUAAACAGCUAGGAAACUUGUUUCUGGCCUUAGAGAGUAUUCAGGGGUAGAGGGCUGCUUCUGCACCUGACCCCCCAGCCUCUGCAAGCAGAGAAGGUGAUGGCACAAGACCCAUCCCUUAGCUUAAAGCUUUUGCUUUGCUGUAGGGAAAGCUGGUGCUUGGGUAGUGCCCAGUGUUGGGCCCAGGCCAGGGGCAUCCUGGUGAGCUGUUCCCUGGGCAUAGAUGACAGCAGCUUUGAAAGCAAAGAUCACCCAUGAGGCCAGGCUGAGUCGUAUGAACACAAUCCUGUGGCGAGGACAAAACGGGUUGCUUUGCAGCUCCCCUCUCAGAUUCCCAGUGGCAGAGAUGGCCCUGCCCCAGCUCUGCUCCGCACAGAAGGCAGGCUUGGGCUCAUGAAUUCUAGAAUGUGGAAUAUCUAAUUCAUUACAACCUAGUGCAUUAGUAUCAUCCAGCAUCAUCACUGGAGCACUUUACACACUCACCUGUAUGCUCCCUUGCGGAUACCACCUUAUGCCCACACAAUUAAACAAUAGAGCUAUGCAAACAUUUCAAAAGUAAAUACUAAUAAAGGGAACAUUCUAAA